AUGGCUUCCAAACGGCAACUCAGACAUAUUGGUAUACCUUCGAACGGCCAGCGCCAUGUUGGUUUGAGCAAAUGCGCUUUGGUCUCUAACUGCCCACCUUACCCGGUAGAUAUGCCAUGCCAAUUGAAUGGAGGUCAGAGCGAGACUUUUUAUAUCUCAAAGAGUGACACUUCAUCCAAGUCAAACGAAAAUCAAACAGAGCAACAACCGAUGAAUUCCCAUUGCCCACUUCAGCGCGAAGAAGUCUUGGGGUAUAUGGACCAGGCCAAAACUGGGAGCCUCACCCCCAGAGACAUUGGCAUAUGGGUGAAUAGCUGGAGAGUCAAUCACUCCUAUACCUUGAGCCCCUCAAGCGCAAUUAUUAGUGCGCAUAACAUUAAAGGUCAACCCACUUCAGUUCCCAACACAUCAUGGUCACAAUGCGGGACACCUCCAAUGACAAUGCCGAUAGAGCAACCGCCUCAAACCUCUCCUUGUGAAAAUUGGCAAGCCACUUCCACAUUAAACAGUACCACUGGCUCCGGUGAUGAUAAAAAAUACCCUCCUCUCGAGUGGCAGAUGGAAUCCAGUGCCGAUAUCCUGUCCCUUACCACUUCCACAGUAAGAGAGGUUGGGAGGACGUGUGUGAAUUCAGAGCAUUUGGUAUCAGGGUAUCUUAUGUCACCAGCCACCGCAGAAUGUCCAGAAAGGACUGAAGCGGAAUUUUAUCCCUAUUAUGCCCAAAACACGUCAUACCCAAGUAUCCCUUACGUUGGACCCCAGCCUCAUCCGUGGACAAAUAUUCCUUAUCCGACCAUAACUAGCAUCCCGACCCAGUACCCAAGCUCGCCAUGGGAUGCAAACAUUGAUAGCUAUAGUAAUGACUAUGGCUUUUAUUGCGGUCCAAGUUCACCUUUCUCGUCGGCAAUAUCAAGCACGGCAACUCCAGACCUCCCCUUGACAACAAAAAACUCCAAAACUCUGGUCACAAGCGAGAAUGAUAUGUACCUCGAUGGUGCUGACCUAGAGAGUACAAGUGAGGGAUAUUCCAGAGCAAGCUCCAACACAGAUACAGACGCAGACGGGCAGUAUACAUCCACCGGCGGUGAGGAUGAACAGGCUAAGAGCAGGGCGUGUCGCUCAUAUUCUCAAAGAAACGACGAGAGGGAUGCAUUCCUUAUAGAGUGCAAGCUUGCAGGAAUGUCAUAUAAGGAGAUUAAGGCGAAGGGAAAAUUCACUGUCGCAGAAUCGACCCUUCGAGGCCGUUUCCGAAGCCUGACAAAAAGAAAGGAGCUUCGAGUGAGAAAGCCUGGCUGGCAGGACAGUGAUGUGAGUACAUGCUCUAAAUCUAGCAAUCCCAUCAAGAGAAGUAACAAGGCUAAUGUGGCUUUGGAAUAG